CGCCGGCCGCGAUGCCGAACACGCAGCUGCCGCCCAAGGAGAGCAACCUUUUCAAACGCAUCUUGAAAUGUUACGAACAGAAGCAGUACAAAAAUGGCCUAAAAUUUUGCAAGAUGAUUCUUUCAAACCCAAAAUUUGCUGAACAUGGAGAGACUUUGGCUAUGAAAGGAUUAACACUGAACUGUUUAGGAAAAAGAGAUGAAGCAUAUGAAUUUGUUCGUAAAGGACUUCGUAAUGAUGUCAAGAGUCAUGUCUGUUGGCAUGUAUAUGGACUCUUGCAGCGUUCUGAUAAGAAAUAUGAUGAAGCUAUUAAGUGUUACCGAAAUGCCCUCAAAUUAGAUAAAGAUAAUCUACAGAUUUUGAGGGAUCUCUCUCUGUUGCAGAUCCAAAUGAGAGAUCUUGAAGGUUACCGAAUUCCUACCAACAAAAUAGACUAUGAAUAUAGUGAACUAUUACUAUACCAGAAUCAAGUGAUGAGAGAGGCAGAUCUAUUUCAGGAAUCUUUGGAACAUAUAGAAACAUACGAGAAACAAAUAUGUGAUAAACUUUUGGUAGAAGAAAUUAAAGGGGAAAUAUUGUUGAAAUUGGGAAGAUUAAAAGAAGCCAGUGAAGUAUUCAAAAACUUGAUUGAUCGGAAUGCAGAGAAUUGGUGUUAUUAUGAAGGCUUGGAGAAAGCUCUACAACUUAGCACUUUAGAAGAGAGGCUUCAAAUUUAUGAAGAAAUUAGUAAGCAACACCCCAGAGCAAUUUCACCUAGAAGAUUACCUUUGAAUCUUGUCCCAGGUGAAAAAUUUAGAGAACUAAUGGAUAAGUUCCUGAGGGUUAACUUCAGUAAAGGCUGCCCACCCUUGUUUACUACUUUGAAAUCUUUAUAUUACAAUACAGAAAAGGUAAAAUUUGAGAAUGGGGAGAAGGAACCCCCGACAACACUACUCUGGGUUCAGUAUUUUCUGGCACAGCACUUUGAUAAACUUGGACAAUAUUCUUUGGCUUUGGAUUAUAUUAAUGCUGCAAUUGCUAGUACUCCAACUCUAAUAGAAUUAUUCUAUAUGAAAGCAAAAAUUUACAAGCAUAUAGGUAAUCUCAAAGAAGCUGCAAAGUGGAUGGAUGAAGCACAGUCUUUGGACACAGCUGAUAGAUUCAUCAAUUCUAAAUGUGCAAAAUAUAUGCUUCGAGCAAAUAUGAUAAAAGAAGCAGAGGAAAUGUGCUCCAAGUUCACAAGGGAAGGAACAUCUGCCAUGGAAAAUCUAAAUGAAAUGCAGUGUAUGUGGUUUCAGACAGAGUGCAUUUCAGCUUACCAGCGUCUGGGGAGAUACGGGGAUGCCUUGAAAAAAUGCCAUGAAGUAGAAAGGCAUUUUUUUGAGAUAACUGAUGAUCAAUUUGACUUCCAUACAUACUGCAUGAGAAAGAUGACCCUUCGUGCCUAUGUUGACCUUUUGAGAUUAGAAGACAUACUCAGAAGACAUGCCUUUUAUUUCAAGGCUGCUAGAUCAGCGAUUGAAAUAUAUUUGAAAUUGUUUGAUAAUCCCUUAACCAAUGAAAGCAAACAACAAGAAAUAAAUUCAGAAAACCUGUCAGCCAAAGAAUUGAAAAAAAUGCUUAGCAAGCAGAGAAGAGCUCAGAAAAAGGCUAAAUUAGAAGAAGAGAGAAAGCAUGCGGAAAGGGAACGUCAACAAAAAAAUCAAAAGAAGAAAAGAGAUGAUGAAGAGGAAGAAACCAGUGGUCUUAAGGAAGAACUUAUACCUGAAAAAUUAGAAAGGUUAGCAUUUGAAAUAUAUUUUAGAAAAGGAAAGUUUUUGUUAAUGCUGCAGUCUGUCAAACGAGCUUUUGCCCUCAACAGUAAUAACCCAUGGUUACAUGAAUGUUUAAUUAGAUUUUCUAAAUCUGUGUCUAAGCAUAGUAAUCUUCCAGACAUUGUAAGCAAAGUUCUGUCUCAAGAAAUGCAGAAAAUCUUUGUCAACAAGGAUUUGGAAAGUUUUAAUGAGGAUUUUCUCAAACGUAAUGCUACCUCUCUGCAGCAUCUACUUUCAGGUGCUAAAAUGAUGUAUUUUCUGGACAAGUCAAGGCAAGAGAAAGCAAUUGCUAUAGCCACUAGACUGGAUGAAACUGUAAAAGAUAAAAAUGUAAAGACUUUAAUAAAGGUUUCUGAGGCCCUGCUCGAUGGCAGCUUUGGGAAUUGUAGUUCUCAAUAUGAAGAAUAUAGGAUGGCCUGUCAUAACCUGCUUCCUUUCACAUCUGCUUUCCUGCCUUCUGUGAAUGAAGUCGGCAGUCCCAGCACAGCACUGAACCAUACAGCUAACUAUGAUGUCUUGGCAAAUGAAAUUUGAAAUCUCAUAGAACCUUGACUCCUACAGAUUCAUAGCUGAAUUCAGAUCAGGGUUUCUUUUCCAGGAUGCAUUUUAAUAUAAGUGUGAAAUGAAAUAUUUGGUUAG